GUAAACAUAACGGAGUGUAACGGUUGAACGAUAUGCCUAAAUUCGCAACUAUUCUACUAUUCACCUUCACGCUAUGGAUAAAUUGUGAGGCGCGUGUGGUGACAUCGAACAGAAAUGCCAUUGAAGGUCGCAUUAUCGGCGGAAGCGAAGUGUCAAAGGGUGACCUACCCUAUCAGGUCUCCAUACAGAAUACUUUCGGUGAACAUGUGUGUGGUGGCUCCAUUGUCGCGCCCCAAUGGAUCUUAACGGCCGGCCAUUGCAUGGAUUGGCCCAAGAAAUAUUUGAAAAUCGUCACCGGUACAGUGGAGUGGCAAAAUCCUGGCGCUGUUUAUCUUGUGGAUGACAUCAAAGUGCAUUGCCUAUACAACAACCCCACGUAUCACAAUGACAUCGCACUCAUACGUCUUGCGGAACCAAUUGUCUACGAUAAUUACACCUCGGCGAUAGCAUUGGCUACCAACAAUACACUGAAAGAAGGCGACGAGUUAGUGCUUAGCGGUUGGGGUAGCCAAAAGGCGUGGGGCAAGGCUGUUGACAAGCUGAAUAAAGUUAGUUUGGAAUAUAUGGAUUAUAGCACAUGCACAAAGUCGGUACGCAAUUCCAAAUUCGUUGGUGUUGGACAUAUUUGCACAUCGACCGCAGAUGGGAAAGGAGCCUGCAGCUAUGACUCUGGCGGUCCAUUGGUCGAUGCCAAUCAGCAGCAAGUAGGUGUUGUCAACGGUGGCGAGCCUUGCGCACUGGGUUAUCCCGAUACCUUCGCAAGUAUCGCCUAUUUCCAUGACUGGAUAAUCGAUACCAUCGAGGGUAAAGACGCAUGCUGAGCUUACUGUGACCUGCUUUUGUGGUGUUGGAGAAACGUGCGAGGAGAAAGAGAGCCAAUCGCGAACAAAUUCUUAGUUUAUAUUUCAAUUAGCUUUAAUGAAUUUUUAUAUACAAAUACAGUGUGACAAAAAAAGUUUCAUACAUAUUUCAAUUAAAAAAACAAAAAACUGUAAU